AUGUCCAUGGCAAACUGUGCAAAGAAUCAGAGAGAAUCUGCUGUGCAGCCCGGGUAUUCAGUGAGUUUACAGCAGCAUAGGAGGGAGCACGAGCUGGCACUUCAUAUCACAGUGAACUUGUACUUGCAAAGUAUGGCCAGUGAUACAAUCCUAGACUAUGAUUUGAUUUCAAUGGGGCAGAUGCUACAAGAUUUUGGAAAAUUUCUGGGCAUGUUUCUUCUUGUCUUAUUCUCAUUCACAAUUGGAUUGACACAACUUUAUGAUAAAGGAUUUACUGUAAAUGAAGAAAAGGACUGUGCGGGAAUUUUCUGCGAACAACAGAGCAAUGACACAUUCCAUUCGUUUAUUGGCACAUGUUUUGCUCUGUUCUGGUAUAUAUUCUCCCUGGCACAUGUAGCAAUCUUUGUCACACGUUUUAGCUAUGGUGAAGAAUUACAGUCUUUUGUGGGUGCUGUUAUUGUUGGUACCUACAAUGUGGUGGUUGUGAUAGUAUUAACUAAACUCCUUGUGGCAAUGCUUCAUAAAAGUUUUCAGCUGAUAGCAAAUCAUGAAGAUAAGGAAUGGAAAUUUGCUCGUGCCAAGCUUUGGCUUAGCUACUUUGAUGACAAAUGCACGCUACCUCCACCUUUCAAUGUUAUUCCCUCUCCCAAGACUAUCUGCUAUCUUUUCAACAGUCUCAGUAAAUGGAUCUGCUCUCAUACAUCAAGUGGCAAAGUGAAACGUCAGAACAGCCUGAAGGAAUGGAGAAAUCUGAAGCAAAAGAGAGAUGAAAAUUAUCAAAAGGUGAUGUGUUGCUUAGUCCACCGUUACUUGACUUCCAUGAGACAGAAGAUGCAAAGCACGGAUCAGGCAACUGUGGAAAACCUAAAUGAACUGCGGCAAGACUUGUCAAAAUUCCGAAAUGAAAUGAGAGACCUGCUUGGUUUUCGAACUUCAAAAUAUGCUAUGUUUUAUCCAAGAAACUAAGGCCUAACUUUUAAAUAAAAAGUGUGUACUUUUAGGUACCAAUAGGUGAAAGUGUUGACCUAAUUCUUUUGCCAGACCAAAUAGAAGAUUAUGGCACAAUAAUACAUUGUAAAAUGCGUUUGCAUGAGUUGCAGCUUGAUGUGGAAGCGGUGGAAAUAAAUGCAAAAACAGAUACAGUAAUUUUCUUAAGCUCUUAAUCUUAGUGUGUAUAUAAAACUUGUAUAUGGGAAUUUUUGUAAUGUUCCUCAGACUGUGGCUGUCAGGUGUCAGAGCUAGCACGAUGUGUUUGUUUAUUCUAUUUUUGCUGUUUGUUCCUUUUUGAUACUUGCUUUUUCAAGUUGUGGGAGAAGAUAGGCUUUUUAAGACAAAAAUCCAGCCUAUGUUUAUUUUUAAUAGAAGAGUCAGAUAUAGAAUAAUAGAAAAUUUCCAGCACAGUUGGAAAUUAUGUUUGACU